AUGGCAACACUCUACCCCUCCCUGGAGGACAUGAAGGGCCACCAGGUCCUGCAGGCACAGGCAGCAGCUGGGGUGAGGACCCCCGCCACCACAGUGGCCACAGAGAAGCCAAAGCUCACCUCUGCCCCCACACCUCCUGUGCUGUACCCCAACCUGGCCGAGCUGGAGAACUACAUGGGGCUGGCGCUCUCCAGCGAGGAGAUCCAGAAGAACCUGGGCACAGAAGACAGCACCGCGCUGACCCCCGCCGGGCCCUCCCCAGGCCAGCUGGUGGCUCCCCUGAGCGGGAACAGCGCGGGGCUGCGGCGGGCAGAGAUCAAACCGGGCGUGCGGGAGAUCCACCUGUGCAAGGACGAGCGCGGCAAGACGGGGCUGCAGCUCAAGAACGUCGACCAGGGCAUCUUCGUGCAGCUGGUGAAGGCCAACUCGCCAGCAGCGCUGGUGGGGCUGCGCUUUGGGGACCAGGUGCUGCAGAUCGACGGCAAGAACUGCGCGGGCUGGAGCAGUGACAAGGCACAGCGUGCCCUGAAGAAGGCCAACCCUGAAAAAAUCGUCAUGGUGGUGAGGGACAGGCCUUUCCAGCGCACUGUGACCGUGCACAAGGACAGCACCGGCCACGUUGGCAUCGUGGUGAAGAAGGGGAAGAUUGUAUCGCUGGCCAAGGACAGCUCGGCCGCCCGCAACGGGCUCCUCACCCACCACUGCAUCUGCGAGGUGAACGGCCAGAACGUCAUUGGCAUGAAGGAUAAGCAGCUCAUGGAGGUGCUGGCAGGGGCUGGGAACGUGGUGACACUGACCAUCAUCCCCACCGUGAUCUACGAGCACAUGGUCAAACGGCUCUCAUCAGGGCUAGUGAAGUCGUCCAUGGACCACUCCAUCCCUGACCUGUGA